AUGCUUUGCUUUCGAAGUCUCCCGCUCUACCUUGCCUGCUGCCCAAAUCAAGAUGUACUGAGUCCAGAGCGCGCUGGAUGCCCGGACGAAUACCUGAAUGCUGAACAUGCUGACUGCUGUUCUCGGGAAGACUUCCUGGCCCUUGUGGCAGCCUUGCCCUCGAGCAGCCACUACGAGGCACAGGAUCUGCUGUGGGCUUUCCUUCGUGACAUAGAUUGUUCAAGCUUGGAGGCAUGGAAGCUAUUCUCGGCAGGCUUCGCCCGCCACUCGAACUGGGAGGCGUCCCAGUUCCUCCUUAGCAACAGGUACCCAGAUGCUGGAGAUCAAGAUCAGGUGCUGGAGGCAGCAGUGGCUCUCAGUCGCGCCCUCGCCAAAAGCAUGCUGCGGCUGGAGGGUUUUCAGCAGUUUUGCCUUUGGCAGAGGGCAACGCGGAGUGGAAGGCAAGUGGUGGAUGUCCUACCUGAGGAAUGUGAGCAUGACUUGCUGCCCUUGUACAAGGAGACGGUGGCAAACCAUGAUCUGGUUGCCUACAGCCUCCUUUCAGAACUGGUGGAUAAGAGACUUGAUUUCAAGCCUCCUCCAUUGCAACCGUCGUCAGUAGUGGUCACGCUCCAGGUGGUUUGUACAGGAAAGUGGGCACGCAAGGGCAUUGCGACACUGCUGAGUCUGCUGCGCCGAAGGUCCACCAUGCUUAGGAUUUUCGUGUUGGGUGAUGCGGAGGGCUGGGAAAAUUUACAGGCGACUAUCCCGGAAGUUCUACAGCUGCAACAUGUGGAUAUGACAGGCGUCAGCUUCGAGCAUGUCGACCAUGAGAAGAUGUCGCAGUUUCAAACCUACAUGAAGAAAUAUCCACAAGACUGUUUCUUCGACAGCUCCAUCGAGAGGGCGAUGCUUGCACGAAUCCUCUGCCACAUGCUGCUCCCAGAAGAUGUGGACCAAGUCAUCUCCAUAGAUCUCGGAGACAUCCUCAUUCUAGACGAUAUCCGUGGUUUGUGGGAAAUUGGUUCGAACAUGGGCGAGCACUUCCUGGCCGCUGCCUACGCAGCUCCGCUCCAACAUGUGAAUGCCGGGACCGUGGUGUAUAACCUGAAGUGGAUGCGAGACCACAACUUCACGGACCUGACCCUAUUGGCUGCACGCCAUGGCUUGAUGAGAAGCGCCGAUGGCCAGUGCUUACGGGAUCAAGGCAUCCUCAAUGUAUUGAACGAGGAUGAGUUUCUAGCAGGCGUUGGCUAUUCUGAUAAGGCCAUCCUGCGAUUUCUGCCUUGUCGAUGGUCACUCUUUCCCAGUCUCGACUGGCAUCCAGCUUGGGAGAAGCCGGAGCUAUGGCCAGAUGCAAUGGUUCUGAGGCGUCGCUACCCCGGGAUCGUGUCUAGCAACCAGGUUGAGCACUACUGCCCAGAUGUCGUAGACUUGCUAUCAGCUUUUGCAUUCGUGCCGCUCACCGGCUCCAGGCAAGCAAGGGUCAGGGAGUAUGCUGCCUUGGGUGCAGAACCUCCGGCCAGAUACUGUUUUUCCCAACGCCUUGGUGAUCCGUGCUGUGCAUGCGGAGAGGCGGCUGCGCUCGUGCACAUAGCCGGAGAUCUCAAGCGCUGGCCGGCAAUGCAGGAGCUGCUGCGGGCCCACUGGCCCAGUUCCGAUUGGCUCGGAACUUUCGGUGCUUCGCAGCUUCUUGGCGAGACCACCGAGACCUCCAAGUGGUGGGGCGGCGAGUUGCGCAGCUUGGAGCUCAGGGAGAAGAGCCAGGAGCACCUGUAUCUCCUUGCCAGGCAAAGAGGCUUGAACUACGUCAUGCAGCGUGGAUCGGCAUGGUGCCAUACAUUUGCCACGAAGCUCGUGCAGGGCUUGCCCAGAUAUCAUGAAACAAGACUCGGUGAGCUGUCUCCUCCGUUGGUGCUCAGAAUCGACACGACGUCUACCAGGUUUCAGCUGCGCUUCGUAGCACCUGGGUUGUCCAUGGAGUUUGCAGUCCAUCUGGCAUCUGAGGCAGUUGUAAAGCUGCGAUGGCAAGAUGCUAAUGGUACGAAGGCAGUCGUUGAAAGCUUGGGUUCCGAGACUUGCAAGAAGCAUGUAGAAUGGAUACCGACACGUUGGAGCUUUACACGGCGCACCGUUGAGAUUGAUGUGUGUGGCGACAGUACGAAGUACAUACAAAACGAGGUGCCCAUAGUCGAAGCAACUACUCCUUUCACUCUCCUGGUCGGGUCAGAGGCCGAAGCUUUUUGGUCGGUGUGCUUGGACUGA